CCCUCCACACGAAGAACUGUGCUCGCGCUUUCCACAUCUCAGGUGAUCGCACGGGAGUGUUAAUUAUCCUCCAACACACUCUGGACUAGAGCGAUCAGUUUCUGCGAAAAUUUCCACCGAGCAACAUCGGUCAGUCGGUCGGUCGGUCUGUCUUUUGGCGAUCAAGUGUGAUUCUGAGCGUUGAGCGCUUGUGGCGUGUGUAAUCCAAUCAGGAGGAGACGAUAGCUUCGAAGUGCUGCUCCUCGCGCCAGAUGAAACAUAUUCGAUGAGCGUCCGCACUUGUGGGCGCACUGUGUCGGAAAACAGAGCUAUACAUAAAAGAUUAGUUGCAGUAAAAAAGUGAAAGUGUCCUCAGAAUGGAUGCCGUUAGAUUUUCCAUAAUCGAAAAUGAAAUGAAAUGGGAAGACGAAUACCGGAUGUACUGUCAGGAGGGAGACGACGAUGACGAGAGGUGUGACGAUUCGGGUCCAAGGACCGAACGCUACCGACUGAGCAUAUCGAGCGAAAGUGACGUGGCGGGUGUUGAGAUAUCCUCGCCGAAUCAACCGAUAGACGAUCUGUUCUGCAAUGGACGCGAACGUCAGGAUGAGAUAUGGGCGUACUCGGAAAUAGAAUCCACACUCCGAGAGCUACCCGAUGCCGAGCGGAUCGGGGAAAUGUUGGCCAGCUUGAUUCCUGUGAAAGAUCUGCCGGUGGAUUAUAGCUACGAGCUGAACAGUACGCUGCUGUUGGUGAUAUGGGCGAGCAAACAUGAUUGGAUUCCUCAGGUCCUCGCAAGAGCGGGAUGUGAUGUGAAUACAUGUGAUCAAGGGGGCAGAACAGCGUUGCAUUUAGCCUGUUACAUUGGUGACUUUCGUGCGGCUGAGACGCUUCUGCAGCAUGGAGCGAAGGCACACAUUUGGGAUAAGGAGCGGAAGGCAACACCACUGCACUGCGCAUCAAGUAGUGGCAGCGUCGAGUGCAUUGCGUUGCUGCUGGCAAAAGGCGCAGACAUCAACGCCGGCAUCGAAAAACAUUCCCCGCUGCAUUACGCUGUCCUACGGAACAGCAAACAGUGUGUCGAGUUCCUGCUUAUGAAUGGCGCAAAUCCGAACACCCCUCAGGUUUACACCCAAACUCCGCUGCAUGUGGCGUCGGCCAAUGGCUACGUGGACUGCAUGGAUCUUCUGCUGAAGUACGGAGCGGACGCACGGUCCCAGUACGGACAGAAGAAGAUCACUGCCCUCCAUCUGGCAGCUUCGGAGAACUAUCUGGAAUGUGUGAAACUUCUGAUCGCUGCCGGUGCGGAUAUCGACGCCCAAAAUAGGGAUCAGCAGACGCCACUCCAUCUGGCCUGUCUCUCCCAAUGCCACGAAACGGUUACCUAUCUGAUCAGCCAAAAUGCGGAUGUACACGCGGUUUACCGAGACGGUCGGACGGCGCUGCAUGCAUCCAUCGUGAAAGAAUCACGUUUCUGGGACUGCACAUUGAGUCUGCUGAAGGCAAAAGUCGAUGUCAACCGUGCGGAUCACUUUGGCUACACACCGCUCCACAUUGCCGCCCUCAACGAGUUCAGCAGUUGCGUAUUUUUGUUAAUCGAAUACGGUGCCGACAUUACGGCACGAACCAACGGAGGAGUUUCGGCGCUCUCCUUCAUCAUCCGGCGAACACCGGAAAUUAUUCCCAAGUACAUCGACAAACUGGACACGGCGAUAAGCGUCAACAGCAUCCACGAGAUUGGCGACGUGGAUUGCGAGAUACGACUCGACUUCCGACUGUUGGUACCGAACAAUGAUCGAGGCGAAACCGAACUGCUGCUGGCUUUCAUAGAGGUUGGCCAGAGGCGCAUCCUGCAACAUCCGCUCUGUGAAACGUUUCUGCUGCUCAAGUGGAGACGGAUAAGGAAGUUCUUCCUUUUCAGUCUGUUCUACCACGGUCUGUUCGUGAUGCUGUUCACCGCGUAUGUUCUCGGGGUCUACGUGAAAGAUUGUCGGCUGCACGCUUGCAAAACGGCUUCCCAUAUCCCGAUCGUCGGAUACAUCGUUCUGUUUCUGAACAUGAUACUAAUGACGAAGGAAAUUUUUCAAAUGAUGCACGGGUUCAUCGGUUACAUACGCUAUUGGGAGAAUUGGUUGCAGUGGAGCAUUGUCGUGGGAAUAUUCCUUUGCACGCAAAAUCCUACCUUAGAAAUUAGCGAGGUUCCAAUUUGGCAGCACCACGUGGCAGCCAUUGUCAUAUUUCUAACGUGGCUGGAACUCAUGAUGAUCGUCGGACGCUUCCCGAUCUUCGGUUUGUACGUUCAAAUGUUCACCACUGUGGCGGUCAACUUCUCCAAAUUCCUGCUAGCCUAUUGCUGCCUGUUGGUUGCCUUCGGACUCAGUUUCUGUGUGCUCUUCCCCAACUAUAUCGCCUUCCGGAAAAUCCUGCGAGGACUACUCAAGACGAUCGUCAUGAUGGCGGGUGAGCUCGAGUUCGAGGACAUAUUCUACGGGGAUAACCUCAAGAUCGAAUACCCAGGGACGGCACAUGGGAUGUUCCUCGCGUUUGUUCUGCUGGUAACCGUGAUUCUGACCAAUUUACUGGUUGGUUUGGCCGUCAGCGACAUCCAGGGAUUGCAGCAGUCCGCUGGACUGGAUCGACUGUCGCGCCAAGCCGAACUCAUCUCACGCCUGGAAGGAUUGAUGUUUUCCAAAAUCUUCCGAAUGGCGCCGAUCCGACUGUGGGCGAUAUUCCAGAAGAUUGCCCUACUGAAGACAUCCCGCUUUAGGCUGCACUUCCGCGUGAAACCCAAUGAUCCCAGAGAGAAAAGAAUCCCGAAGGAACUGAUAACCUCAAUCUACAAGCUGGUCGCCGAACGACGCGAACGGAAUCAAUCCAUGAGACGGAAACGAACCUACCGGAACAUGCAGACCUUCCAUGAGAUCCUGGAGGAAGAGGACGCGGUGGUAACGCUGCGUCGGCAGCGCUUCCGUAAUCAUGCCAAAAACAGAACCGUUUCGGAGAACAUUUACGCACCCGUGGGAAGAGUUAGCGAUCCGAUGGCACAGCGACCAUUUUCCGGCCUGCAGCUGAAGUCCAUCGAUGAUGGGCAAAAGCAAAUUCUCAAAAAGUUGGAUGAACUGACCAAGCAAGUGGAAGCGAUGAAAACGAAACCCCGAUAGUCAUAACAGUAUUUGUAACAACGAAUCAUAAAUAUAUUGUUCGGUACUUACCAGCAGUUCACACUUCAAUCGAUCCCCGUUACUCAGCUGUACUGUGCUCAUAUCGACACCGUCCCGAAUUAAUUUGCAGCCCUCAAUUUUUGAGGAAUAUCUAAUUUCCACAUUCUUCACCUGCUCCAGCUGGCGAUAGACGCUGGCCAGCAGCACAUCGUUCUCGACGAUCCACGCAAUAUUCUCCGCCAUAUCGUCGUAGUUGAAGGUAAUCAACGCAUCCGAACAGGCAUCCCACACUUGCAUCUUCAGUACCGGUUUGACCCGGGUCGCCUCGAUCUGCGGCCAUGCGCCAACGGUUUUCAUCAGCCGAUGGGUUCCUUUGCUUAUGGCCGACACACGGUUGCUGUACGUGUCCAUCGAUGGCUGCUUGAAGCCGCUGGCGGCUUCCAGCACCAGAAUGCGGCGAUCUGCGAGGCGAAGAUUUUUACCUAAGAAUGGGCAAAGUUAUAAUAUUGAUCUGGCUAAGCGGCAACUGUGAAAAAUGUUAUCAUUGUUUUAAAUGUCAGAAAAGGAGAAAAAAAUUGGAAAAAUUGGA